AUGGCUUCAGUUCACUUCCUGGAGCUCACGCCCAUGGACCCGCCGACGUCUGCAUCUCUCAGGCUGAGUACGAUAGCCUCGUCAAGAUUGUCCGCCAAUAUGAUUCGGCGGGCUAACUCAUGCGCCUAUCCUCUAGCCCGACUGAGCCAGAACCUGCUCCGAGGUGGCAUUGAUGAGGGCACAAUUGCCAUCUUGAGCAACGAAGAGCCAUCUGCAGAAGAAAGGCAAGCAGCUGCACAGGAAUACGGUAUUGCUAGCCUCCCUAACGGGCAAGGCAAUCAGAGUUCCAAAGCACCGUCCUCGAGCAGCCCACGACAUGCCUCUCGGGGCGACUCCAGCUCGUCACGUGGACAUCGGAAUGGAGGUAAUUGGGACGAGGUCGACUCCUUCUCCGAGAACGCGUCUAUGUCCAUUGACUCGUCAAUUGGAGGUGCCCCAGUCGCUGGCUCCACCGUCUUCAGCACCACGCCCCCUAAUCCUCAGAUAGACCGCCAGGCCACGAGAACGAUCCAUCUUUGUAAUCUUGCCGAAGGUGUCACUCAUGCCGAUAUUACGGCCGCCAUUCGUGGGGGUCAACUCCUUGAUGUCUAUAUCAAACACAGAGACCGCCUUGCUUCAGUCUCGUUCGUGCACGGGGAAGAUGCUAAAGCCUUCUAUGCCCGUGCACGCCAUUACGACCUGUACAUCAAGAACAAGAGGGUUGAAUUGAAAUGGGCUGACCGCCAGUACACGCUACCCGGCCAUGUCGCUCACAAAAUCGACAGAGGAGCCAGCCGCAAUCUCGUCAUCCGCAACUGUGAUCCCAACCACACCGAGGAGACUAUACGCGAGGAUCUCGAGCAUAUCCACAACCUUGUGGUGAUCCAGGUCGACUUUAUCAAGGCCGACUGCUUCAUCCGGACAAGCUCGAUCCACAACGCCAUGUUUGCACGGACCUGCAUGCUGAGCCGUGCAAAGUAUCGAGGCUCUCGAAUCCAGUGGGCUGCUGAUGAGUGUGCCCAACCCCUGGCCCAGGCACCGAUCCCAAGACGCAGCAGUGCUCCAUCUGUGAAGACGCCGCCAACGAACCGCAUGGCCAAUCGCUUUCAGCUGCUGGAGCUUGGUGGUGACGAGCGUUUCGGUGGCGAUGAUGACGCUGAUGAUGAUGAUUCCGACGACACUCUCCACUAA